AUGGUCCUAUCUCGUUGUAUAAUUAAACCAUCAAGUCUUAGGGUUGACACCGGAUCCAAAACUAUGCUGGAUGUUUAUUUUGUCUCUCGCGUUGUUUCUAGCCCUAAGACGGUUGCUGGUUGGGCUCCUGUGAUGAUUGGUAUGGCUGCGAAUAAACCUGGGCAAUUUAAAGCCAUGGCUUAUUGGGUUGUUGUUGGUUUGGGUGUUUGGCUAAUGUUGUUGAGUAGUGUAUGUAGCUCGAAUGUACUUUAUAAUGAUAGUGAGUUGAAUGCAAGCAAUGGGUUGAGUGCCGAAUGCUUGCCAAAACUGCCGACUGCCUUUGAAAUGAUGCACACUCUAGCCUCAAUUGGCUUUAUGCUUGAGCUUUAUGGUGAGCCUAUUCGGAUCAAGCACUACUAUGCCCCUCCUGCCCAGUCAAAGAUUCACUUACUUCCUUCUAACCCAAUGAUAUAUCCCUGUGCCCUGGUGAACAAUACUCCCUUAUACAUAAUAGAAUGGCCGAGUGAUAUUAUUGGCUUUGUUCUGCGCGCUGGCAUUGAUAAACCGCAGGCUAUGACUAUUUUGAAAGAGCUGAGGAAAAUUGCUGUGAUUAGGAUUGAUUGUCCUCCUUCUACUCAUGCUUGUAUUAGUAUUGAUUGUUUGGGCUUGAAUAAUAGUACUCAGCCGGAGAAUUUACAGAUUUUAUCUCGAAUUGUUAACAUGAUUUAUUGUCCGCGCAUUAGGUUUUGUUUUGAUCUUAAAUUGCCAAGCGAAACCGAUAUCAGCCAAACUCAAUUGACCCUCUGUUUGUACGAAGCACAGGAUACAAUUAAACAUGCGGACCCUACGUCAACUAGCAGCCUUAAAGUUUCAACUGAAAUGGAUAGCAGUCUUUCUAGCUUGGUGAAUGGUGUUAUUCCCUUUUUGCGGCCAAUUAUAGGAGUUCGCUUCUUCAGAAAUGAAUUCCACAGUAUCCGCCUUAUUAAGAAACUGUCGCUGGUUGAUAAAUACCGAAUUUCCUUUGAAGAGCUGCCUAGGGUGGCUUGUAUUGAUCUUGGACCUCUGCACACGCCUCCUUCCAACUGCGCUAGUAUUUCGAUUGGGGACUUCUAUUUCGGGAUGGAUUUUGAUAAGAUAACUCUAAUUGGAUUCGAGCAUGGUGCUGAUAUUCAUUCGAAGGUAGCUUUGGAGGCCCAUUGGAAUGUGCUUCAUUAUUUGGGUAAGUAUAAUGAAACUCUGAUCGAGGUUUAUACUAUUCUGGGCUUUGACGUCACCCCGAAGUGCAUUCAAGCGGUGCUUGGUGCUUCUCAGCAAGACUUAUCUGCUGAUGCCUGGCUCUCUGCUGUUAAUGCUAUUUCCAAAAUAUCCACUGUGUUGCCCUGCUGUGCCAUUCAAUACUAUGCUCAACUUUAUACCCCCACAACCUUUGCUAAUCUUGGUAUCUCUGUUGCUAAUGUAAUGAUUGAAUAUGAGGAGGCCCGUGAUGAUCUGCACUAUACCUUAAAAACACUUCAUACGGCCCACGCUAUCUCGAGUAUUCCUAAGGUGGUUAUAAACCAUGAGCUUAUCUGCCACGGCGAAAACCUCACUAACUCUAACUGGGUACUCCAAGAACCCGUCAUUAUUAUGCUGGCUCGACCAGCUGCUAAUGGCUUGUUUGAAUAUAUGGAGGGCAACGAGCCGGUCAUCUUCUGCCAAAACAUAGUGUACACAACCAUCAAGCUCGAUGGAUCUAAGGCGCCAGACAUACUCAAUGAAUCCGGCUCGGGUCUAGUUACAAAAUGCAUUGGUUUAUUCAAUCGACUACAAAAUCUCACGGCCGAACAACUUAUACUCACUAACAUUAACAUACUUACUGACGAUAAUACUGUCACCGACUUUAAUAUAAUCAAUCUAUAUAUUAAGCCUUGCAUGGCACCUCGUCAGUUUAAGAUCAAAACUUUGGUGUUAGACAAUGUUGAUGUAUAUCUUAUCUACUGGAUCUUCAUCCGCUAUAAGUUUGCUUCAUACGUUGAUGUGCAUAUUCUAAACCAACGCUUUGCUAAUCUUGCUAUCGCUCAAAUCCUUUGCCAUCCGGCCGGCCAGAUGAUCUCAUACCUUAUUCUCAACGACUUCUCCGAGCUAGCUGAAGUCAAGCACCACAACCAGCCAUACCCAAUAGGCAGCUUUUCCCUAUUCAACUAUGUGCAAGAUAAACAAGGAGAAAACAAAACCACUAAAGAUCUACGUCUAGAUAAACUGUAUCUGAAUAUUAGUAACCUUGAUUAUGCUCUUUAUGAUGAAGUCUUAUCUAAAUUGGCAAAGUGUGGUAUUAUAAUUCCGGCUAUGCCCUUCAAUGAUUACAUCAAAGCAGCACCUACUCUACUUGAUCAGGCCAGUAUACCCCCCAAAACCGAGCUUAUUCUUUACAACACCACCUUUGAGGCUUUAAAAUACGACUUCGCUAACUAUAAACUCAGCAACUCAGUGCUAGCCAAUACUAACCCAUCACAAAGCUCGCCAAGCCAUAAGUAUGCCGUUGAGAAUCUAUUCUUGCAUUUUAGCGAUAGCCCAGAACUACUGGAAGAGGAUUUGAAGCUCGUUCUUCGCUGGUUAGCACAUAGGUUUAAAUGGCUGGUCAAUAUCCACCUAGUGCGAGUCAGAGUGUCAGAAAACGUGCGUGCUACAAUAUAUUCGCGUAACUAUUGGGUUAAUGAUGUAAAUGUGUUUAAUAAUGUUCAAAUCGAGAACGGGCCCUCAAAUGAUUCAGAUGACCUACUCGUCAACCUGCAUAUUCGAUCGUAUACUAUUAGCAUACUAGCAGGUAUAUAUAAUCCUACGCCCUUUUUCAUUGGUAUGUCCUCUACACUUUUGCCUCCAUUAUCCGACCGGUUGAGUCAAACUGAUCAGUCUGGCCGCCUUGAUGACAGUUACUUGUUGCUGUGCCAAAGAUUAACAGACUAUCUCCAUGGUAAUCCUGUUGAAAUUAAGUGUCCAAAUUGUGCCCAUGCCCCCUAUAAGCUAGACGCAAACCGCCCUACUUCCAAGGAACACUGCCCACUCCAAACCAUUCCUAAAUCCGGCAAGACAAUAUGUCAUCUCAAGUGUGGCCAUGCAAUCUGUUCAACCUGCCUAUUUAAUCGUUAUAUAGAUGGCGGUUGCCCAAUUUGUGGCCGCAAUUCUCUGGAUAUAAAUCUUCACCGAGUGGUCAUUGUGCCGCAAUCUAGCUUUGUUUUUGCCGAUGACAACACCGGUACAUAUCAGUCUAAUCCCAAGCUGUUUGAAUUUAUAACACUAACUGGCGGUUACCUGUAUUUAUACCUUGCCUAUAAAAGCAUUCCUGCUCUUAUCUUCGACCUCUAUGAUGAAAUAGAAUAUCAUACUCCCUAUCGAAUCCUUGUUAUUUAA